CACACGGUUGAAGGCUUCGUGGUUUUUACAACAAAGAGACAUUUUGAAGGAAAGAUAUCGCAAAUGUAGAUGUUUGGAACGCUUCUUUGGCCGUUCAUCAUUUAUCUGGUUGCCAGUUCUUCCAUCGUGGAUCACAUUUUCUUGUGGCUCUAUCGUUUGAUGCCGGGAGGCAGAAAAUUUGCCAGUUUAAAGGCGAGUUCUCCUUCGAGUUUUCGAAGUCUUCAGACGGCGGUACGAGGUUGUAGGUAAGCUUACGUUUAGCCUGGGUUAAAUUCUUUCUUUUCACUACAGUGAGAGUUUGUCUUUAGUCUGUGUUUUGUCUGAAUGAGAAAAAAUCGCGCUGGUGCGAACUAUUAGUAUUGUUAGCAGAAGUGUUCCAGACUUGCUUGUCAUUAGUAGUGCCAUAUAUUAAGCUACUCGUUUUGUUGCUUUUGGCAUUUUAACUUUCACUUUCACUUUUUGCCUUUUUCAUCCCAGGAACGGAUCACUCCCACCCAACGGCGGAAUACACUCGAUUUCAUCACUGUUAACAAUCCCUCCUCUAUACCACUACCCUCACCCAAGCCUACCGGUGUUUACAUCAAUGGGAUUUGAAGUUUUAUUCCUUUCAUACCUUGUAUGUGCCCUGAUACUUCAACAUGUCAACAUCUACAAAACGGUACGUGCUUUUCUUUUGUUAAUAUUUUAACCGAGUUCAGUUUUUAUGGAAUAAUAGUGUUGUGAAUGAUUACUUCGCUUGAUGCAGUGCUUGAUGAAAUUGGAUGGCAGUGCCAAGCUGUAGUCAGCUGCUCGCCAGUUAAUUGUUAUUCACUUCCAUGGGGUAAACACUAAUUUUCACUUAAAGUAUUAUUUUUAUCCUUUUUGAGCACCAGGUGUCACCAUUUAUUGAGUUUGAAGCCAUCCUUAGAAAUCAACUUUUAGAGACAGUUACCUUUGUAGAAGGUUUAUAACGUUUUUGAAUGAACAUUUUAGUGUACAUGUAGGUUAUAAUAAUCUUGCCGAGUGAUAAUCGAUUUGCAUAUUAUGAACAAGUCUAGGAUUACUGCUGAAUUUUAAUUUGACAUUACUUAUCACGAAAAUGGAUUCUUAUGCUAAUUUAACAAACAAUCUGUCGUUGUUCUUUUCUAUGUAAUUUAGUAUUUUUAUUUAUUCUAUAAAAGAAGGCUUUACCUUAGUUUGUUUAGUUAAUUAGGAAGCAUUCACAGAAGUUAAAGGCAGCUCUAUUACCAAAAACUUGUAUUUGCUUGGAUCAUGGGUGAAAUUACCAACAAAAUUGCUCCAUACCCUACAAUAUACCGAUACCUAAUCCACUUUGUUCAUGGUUAAUUAUUUAUUUAACUUAAAAUUUAUUUUAAAGCAACAUUAAAAACCCUUUUUUAUGUGCCUGGACCCAGUUGCUCAAAGGCUGAUUAGCCCUAACUCGGUGUUAAAGUUUAAUCUGGGUUUUAUUUUUCUCUUCUUCAAAAGCACCUUCUCGUAUAAUUUUCUUUAUUAUUUUUAGAACAUCCACUUCCGUAUUUUAGCCAUAUAGCUGUUUGUCGCAGAUAAGAUUUCCUUGUUGUUUUUGAUCCCUUGUUGGAUUUCCUUAAACCAAAUUUCCCUGUUUUAUUUAUUUUUUAAUUUGGCCAGCAUUUAAGCUAUCUCUGCGACAUGUACAAUUCUAAAUUUGCUUGUUUACCCCUCCCUGCCUCCCGCCCCACCUCUUUCUCAAAUUUUCUUGAUUUUCCUGGGGGAGUUUGCCUCAGAGCAAGGUCUUUCUGUCUGAGAGACUUUGGCUGUACUUUCAUGAACACUUUUCCUUUUCAUGCUACGAGUUAAGAAAGAAAAUUGCCAUAAGCCAUAUAUGACUUUGUCAGAUUUAUCCACACAUCUACACCUCUGAAAAAUGUAUACUAAGUAAAGAAUGACAGGGGUUUGUAACAGUAGGAAAAGUGUGACAUUACCCUGACUUUGUCAGACUAUUCCACACAAUUUGCGCACCUCUGAGAAGUGUAGAACUAAGUAAAGAAUGACACGGAGUUCGUGACUGGCGGAAAAGUGUGACAUAUUGUCCUGACUUUGUCAGAUUAUUCCACACUUCCACAACUUUGAAAAGUGUAGAACGAAGUAAAGAGAGACGAGGGGUUCAUGACUGGGAAAAAGUGUGACUCACAAUAUCCUCAGUUUGUCAGACUAUUCCAUACUUCCAUAGCUCGCAGAAGUGUAGAAUUUGGAAUGAGAAAGGAAAUUAGGGAUCUUCCACACUUCCACACGUAUGAGAAGUGCAGAACUAAGGACAACAAAGGAAAGUAGGGAUCUUAAAGCCAGUGCUGGACAUUUGUGCACCCCGUCCCUGCAAAUUGUUUAAUAUCUCUGCUUGCUGGGGAUAGUAAUAAAACUAAAGAAUAUAAGAAAGACAAAAAGAAAAAUAAUAAUAUAUCCCAACUAUGCCUACAAGAAAAUCGUAGUUACAAUUGUAUAUCCUACAAAUUCAUAAAGUGUUAUUAUAACUACAGAGGCUGGAAAUGGUUUUUGUCUGCAUCUGCUGACUUGCACAUUAACUUUUUGAAACAAAACAUGCGUGCUCAAGCAUUUUUCCAGAAAUGAAAAAUAAUUUUGCUUGGAUUGACUCAUUUGGCAGCUUCUACUAUGCCAAUGUUUUAGGAGUAAGUAAGUGUAAGUGUGAAUCUCGUAGUACGUCACUUGCAGUGUUAUUAGUGGCCAAGUAUUUAGUGGUCUUGGGUACUUUGGCCACCCCUCGGCUAAGUAUCAAUCGGCUUGUUGGCUGUCAUAUAUAUGUGGACCAACACUCAGCUGAUUAAUGUGACCCACAUGUCAACCGUUGUGUCAGCCAACAUGUCGAGCGAGUGACCACUGACAUAUUGGCUUAUACAUAGUCGAUACUUGGGUGGUAUGCCAGACAACACUCAGUCAAUACAGCUAGUUUUACUGUACCAUGAGAUGUUGAUGGCAUAUCAGUUGACUUUUGGUUCCAUAUUAAUACACUGUCGUAUUUAGCAGUUAUUGAUUGUGGCUUUCGUAUGAUGUGAAGAAAUUAUGCAGAUCUCAGAAGUUGUUAUCCACAGAUCCUUAAUGUUUUAUCAUUAAUUCAAAAUAUUUCCAAGAUUUUUACAAGUUUACCUCCAUGUACACUUUCUUUAAAACAUUGCCCUAUUUCUCGGCAUGGUUUCAGGACCUUGGGUUUGCUUAACUGUCUUGGAUUCUCCCAACCUCUCAAAUGUUUAUAUCAGGCCAUGCAAACACAGAACAAGUUUUUGAUUGUUUUUGUAAAAUAACUGUUAUGUAAUAACUGUUAUGGGCAGUGAUUAAAAGAGAAAUUUUAACUAGUCACAAAGUGUGGUACAAGUUUUUUUCAGGCCCUAAUGACAAGCAUUGAGUUGACAUUUGAAGCAAUAUAUAUGUUGUGGUUCAAUUUUAUCCUUGGUUUAAUUUUUAUUUCCCUUUGUUUCAAACUCAUUAUCAUAUAUUACUAACCAUGCCCCAAAACAAAGGGAAAUAAAAAUUAAACCAAGGAUAAAAUUGUACCACAACAUAUAUUUUGUGUCAAAUAAUACAGUUUGCUGGGAGGGAGUGGCCUUUAAAUAGAUCAGUGCGAAGAGAGAAAUUUUUAAUCACUAAAAUUUAGUUAUAUUUAUGAAGUGACGUAAAAUUUAAAUGACCCUCAACAGGAGUUAAGGGCAACCUUAAGUUUGUUAAGUGUGUUUUUCACUCCAGUUGAAAAAGAUUGGGAAGGUAGGUGAACAUGGUGACUAACUUUUUGGUCGGAUGACAUAAAUUAAUUUAUUGCGUCUGUCACUGCAGAAUGUUCACAUGGUUGAUGUUCAUCUUGUUUGGUUCAUUGUUAUCUUCCUGAGCAGGAGAGUAGUUUGGAACAUGCUUGGCCAGGUAAUGUCCAAGUCACUUUUAUUCAAGUGCUCUAGAAUUUUUUUUUAAAACUUUUCCACACAGAAAAGCUUUUAAAAAGGUUUGCAGACUGAAGGAGAUGACCAUGGCCACCCUGUUCAGAAAGUCACUGUGGAAGAAUGUUUUUAUUUUUUUUAACUUUUAAAGGUGUUCCUAAUGUCUUAAACCUACCCAGGUUAAUUGUGGCCAAAGAAAAAAUUCACAAAAGUUUACAACCCCCACUUCCACACUUACCGCCACAUGAAAGCACCUUCCGAUCUUAUCUAUUGCCCUUAAUCAAUUAAUUUUUGUCUCCUUAAAAUUACGAAUCUCUUCAAAGUGAAGUUGUCUUUCGUUAAUAUUGAUAUUACUUGAUGUGUUGUUUACAGGCCCUGGCAUCUGAGGUUCUUUACACUGUCAGGUACUUUGCUGUCAUCUUCAUUAAGGGUGCAUUGCUUCUCCUACUUGUGGCAGGCUUUAUGUUGUUGUCUUGGAGGCUUAUUCAACAGAACAGCAUUCCUAAUUGCCUCUUCCUCUGUUAUCCGUAAGUACUUGUUUCAUUUGGUACAGGUGUCGUUAGCCAGCAUGUUGUGCAGUUAGCCUUGGCUGGUAGUCAAGCAGCAGAUUGAAUAAAGGAAUUCUGGUGCUGCAUCAUUGGGGAUUUGACAAAAAAGGAGGCAGCUGUACAGGUGUCCAUUUUGUGGAGGUGUCCAUUAAGAGAGAGUCCACUGUAAAGAAAGGGAGGGGCCAACUCUAGGUGGUUGUUUUACAGAGGUGUCCAUAAGAGAGAGUCGACUGUAAAGAAAGGGAGGGGCCAACUCUAGUUGGUUGUUUUACAGAGGUGUCUGUUAAAAGAGAGUCCACUGUAAAGAAAGGGAGGGGUCAACUCUAGGUGUUCGUUUUACAGAGGUGUCCAUCUUAUAGAGGUGUCCAUGAGAGUCCACUGUAAAGAAAGGGAGGGGCCAACUUUAGUUGGUCGUUUUACAGAGGUGUCCAUCUUAUAGAGGUGUCCAUAAGAGGGAGUCAACUGUAAAGAAAGGGAGGGGCCAACUCUAGGUGGUCCAUCUUAUAGAGGUGUCCAUAAGAGAGAGUCAACAGUAAAGAAAGGGAGGAGACAACUCUAGGUGAUCGUUUUACAGAGGUGUCCAUCUUAUAGAGGUGUCCAUGAGAGUCCACUGUAAAGAAAGGGAGGGGCCAACUUUAGGUGGUCGUUUUACAGAGGUGUCCAUAAGAGGGAGUCAACUGUAAAGAAAGGGAGGGGCCAACUUUAGGUGGUCGUUUUACAGAGGUGUCCAUAAGAGGAAGUCAACUGUAAAGAAAGGGAGGGGCCAACUCUAGGUGGUCCAUCUUAUAGAGGUGUCCAUAAGAGAGAGUCAACAGUAAAGAAGGGGAGGAGACAACUCUAGGUGAUCGUUUUACAGAGGUGUCCAUCUUAUAGAGGUGUCCAUAAGAGAGAGUGGACAGUAAAGAAAGGGAGGGGCCAACUCUAGGUGAUCGUUUUACAGAGGUGUCCAUCUUAUAGAGGUGUCCAUAAGAGAGGGUCGACAGUAAAGAAAGGGAGGAGCCAACUCUAGGUGAUCAUUUUACAGAGGUGUCCAUCUUAUAGAGGUGUGUCGGUGAGAGAGUCGACUGUAAACACUGUGGAUGGAAACAAAAUUACCCCUAAAUGCUGCCCAUGCAUUCAAUCAGACGAAUGUUGCAUUUAUGUCAGAAUUAUAAGAAAAAAUGAUAAAACUUUGUUCUCCACACCACCUGAAUAAUUACAAUUUUAUCUCAGCAAAAAAAGAGAGACAGUGAAAGUUUUGACAUCUGUCUGUUUUACGUAGUAGUUACCCAUGAUUUAUCGCAAUUAAUGUUGUCAGUGAUUAAAGAAAUGUGAUUUUGACCGCCUUUGAAUAAAAAUGUAAUAAACUUGCAGCGUUUAAUCAUUUACGCUGUUCACAUUUUGAAGAACUGAGACGAGAUGUGUUACCUUUGUUUCUGUAGGCUGGUAAUGUAUUUAUUCACAUUCGGCUUCACGUUGGAUCCCCAAGGAAGUAAAGUCAUGUUGAAAUUAAGUCCUCAUCAAGAGCUUGGCGCUCUGUCCCAGCUACAGUUGUUACAUACUACAUUACUGCACAAAGGUGUUAUGGUCAAUGGAAAUGCUAAGCAGGAACUUCCAGCUCCCCAGCCGUGCUCUCUCCCUCCUGAUGCUGUUCGAUAUGAAACGGAAUGUCUCCGAACAGAUUUCAACCUGCGGAUUAAACAAGUUCUAUUUCAAUCUCUAAUUUGUGCUUAUUAUGUUGGUUUCAUUCCAAUGAAAUUUUCAGAGGUGAGAAAUAUUACUUCUAAAAAGGUCAUUAUUUUACUUAUUAAUUAGUAAGGACAGAGGUUCGUAGUAAUUACAGUUAAACCUCUCUCACGUAGCCACCCAAAAUGCGAAGAUUUAGUGGUCACUUUUGAGAAUCAAACAAGGUAGAGGUCUCGACGUAUUUACCUGUUGGAAAAAAUUAUUGCACCAAGUCACAAUGUGUGUGGUUCCAUGUUGUCACUUACAUGUAAAGUUCUUCAUAUACUCUAAGUAGCGUAGUACAUACAGUGAACAUAGAGGUCAGAUCAUGAGUCAAGAGGUUUAGAAAAACUGUCACCCAAAGAAGUGAUCGUGUUGACUUAGAGAGGUGAUCAUGUAUGAGAGGCUCCAACCAAAGGGAUUGACUGGAAAAAGUUUGGUGGUUUGGAUAGCUGGUCACUUAUGGGAGGCGGUCUCACAUGGAGCCUUGUCUGUAUCAGCACAAUAGAUGCUUUGCAGUUAGUCACUCAUGUACUAAAAACUACCACGCUGUUGACGAAAGGAUGCACGAAAAACCAAGAUCUCACAUCUUUUAACCCUUUAAGUCCUAAUAGUGACCAACAUCAAUUUUCUCCCAACAAUAUCCAUACAUUGCCAAGAGAUUAGGUUAUGAGAAUUAAUAAAAUGAUCACCUAAGAGAAAACGCUAUGAUCUUUAUCAAAUUCUCUCAACUCAUUCUUUAAGGAAGUGCAUAGAGAUCAGUUAGGAGAAUUUGUACAUGUAUAUUGGGACUUAAGGGGUUAAUAUGGUAAUUUUUGUCUUCUCCCAGUGCGUCUCUUGCUCUCCAGCAUGGCAGUUUUGUACCACGUGAUUAACAAGCUAUAAAGGGCCAUUUUCUUGACCAUUUGUCGAUCCUUUCUUUGAUCUUUUCACAGCAACAUUACAUAUAUUAUGACAUGUGGUGGGCGUGUCAGCACACACUGUUUGUAUGGCUGAGUUCACUGCUAAUGCUUUUGAUGUUCAUGUUACCGCUGACCUACUGUGACGCUCUACACAAGUGCGCGCUGCAUCUUGGGGGAUGGGAAAGAUAUCCAUGUGGUCAUCGAGAUACGCCGCAUGUGUAAGUUAAUCAUUAUACUUCACCUGUGUUACUUGGUCAUUGACAUUACUAUCAGUAGCCCUUACGAGUAUUAAUGUCGAACUAAUUUGACUACUAAGUCUCAACUUAGAAUUGUAAAGUUGUAAGUUUUACAGUGAUGUAACUUCCAGAAAGAAUGCAAGUAAGGGGUUUUUUCUUGGUAUUGUAUUGACCAUUUUGCUGUGUGUUGUGGGGAAUGUUUAGUUAGUGUGUUUUGUAUGAUUGUCUGUUUGUUUUCAAAGUCACGUCCUUCGGUGACUACACCCUCGGCAACAGAAAGGAACGAGACGCAUUAGAGCUAAGCUACUGCCGUCCGCGGACACCAUUUCUCUUGCACCAAGUGUGAACAGAGCCUGCAAAGAGAAAUCAGGCAAAGAACAAAGCUUAUACUACUACAUGAGAAAUUUCCUGCAAUUUGAUUGGCUUAGAGCAGUGGUAUUUCAGCUUAAUUUGAAAUACCUACAUGUGAAAAUUACAAACUCUUUGUGGGUAGUAGUGUAAACAAAAAAUAGCAUGAUUUGUACGUGAUAUUUGGCAUAAAUACCACUCGUGAUAUUUCAAAAUUGUCUCAAGUUUCACUUGCCUAACGGCUCGUGAACUUACGUAUAACAAUUUUGAAAUAUCACUUGUGGUAUUUAUACCAAAUAUCACUACAAAUCAUGCUAUUACCUAUACUAAUGCAAGAAUGUGUUUACAAUCGCCGACCAGCGCUGGACUCAGUCUCGUUUUCUGCUUCUUCCUCUAGAUGGUCGGCGUUAACAGUAUGGCCUCAGGGGGUUCUAGUGCGGCAUGGUAAACUUCUCUAUAAAGCACUUGGUAUCCAUAAUGUAGCAAUCCCUGGAGACUCUCAUCAUGGAAGGUUUUUUGUAAGUAACCCAGCAGAACAACAUGUGUAAAGCCGCCCGAUGAACAAAACGCGCCAUUUUUCCAUCUUUGAUUUGGGGUGGGGGGGGGGGUCUAAAUUUCUGCAUUGUGGGACUAUUGCAGGGGACGCUUUCAGACCCAUUUUCCCGCGCAACUUUGUAAUAGCCAAUGAAAGAGGAGAUAGCGUCCUCCGAAACAGUCCCAUCAGCCAUUUCGACACAACACUGACCCAGUCUCCCGCCCAACCUUGAAUACCCAAUGACAUGAGUGUGGGAUGGAAGAAAAACUGUGUAUCCUUCUCCGGGAGAAUAGUACGUUUUUAGAAUAUACGUCCAUUUUCAUCAUAACUGUACAAUGAGAUUGAUGACGGAACAUAAAGUACUAAAUGUUCCAAAGUAUUUGUUUGUAUAAACCUUGGUGAAAUAGAGCACAUAAGAAGAGUUGUAUCUUUCUCCUUUCUCAGCACUCGGGAAAAAAUGUAUCUUUCGCGUUUCACUUCCAUAAUCGAAUCAAAGUAAGGGAAGUGGGCAAAACAAUUGUCUUCAACGAAGACCCACCUUGGUUAGGGUUGGUAGGGCUGUGCAAGACACCAUCCAUCAGAUACCCCUGAUCAGCAGAAAGUUUUGGCGUGAAAAAUCUAAGGUACGAAUUAAAUAUUUUGUGUGUCUAAACCCUGCAUGGUCAGGCAAACUACACUGGGACAUUAAAAUCGUAUCCUUUAUUUCUGCCAGCAAAAGAAGAGGCUAUGCAGAUAUGAACGCAUGGGAUCAUCAGACGUUUCUGGGAAACUGCCCACCUACCCCUCCCCUAAGCCAACAUUAACACUUGCUUCUCACUUAGGGCAAAAUGUUGGCUUAGGGGAGGGGUAGGUGGGCAAUUUCCCCAGAAACGUAUAAUGAGCACUAUUCAAAUUGGGGAAGGCGCUACAUGGAGAUGCUGCAGUGGUUCUCGGCUGUGUACAAUAGUUUUGACCAUUUUCCUAACAGUGUCUUCCUUUUGUUUACAGUUCAUGUUCGAGUCUCCUUUGCGUCUUAUCAACUGGAUGGCUGCAGUUCUCCUCUUACUGGUGUUAUAUCAGCUUUUUAUGAUAACGCGAUGUCACUCUUGGCACCAGCUCCUCUCGGUCACGGGUCUUCUAACGUUUAACUACCUCAUACUCUACAGGCUCUUCCGGGAUCGCUGGGCACUCCAGGCCGUGGUACAAGAGAGAACAGGAACGUGAGAGCCUUAAAAUAGAGCCUAUUAGAUAAGUACUGUAGUAUGUGAAUGCGAUUAGUUACAAUGGACUGGGCUUUUUAGUCACUUGAACUGCUACUGGUG